UGAUGGGGGUUUGAAAAUGGACCGUUGGUAUUGUGUCCUCGAGUUCUUUCGCAAACAAACCCUUCUUUCAAACUAGUACCAUCCCAGUGGAGUAUCUGGAUUGUCGGAGCAGGGACCUUGACUGUAACUGUUGCGGUAUUACAUGUACUGACAAUACUGAAUUGAUAUUCUCUUUUCAAGAAUGAAAUGUAUUAUGUCAGAAAUGAGUAAUUGUUCAUUAGAGGCCUGACAACUUACUUGUGAAGUAAGUUGAAGGCUGAAUAUUGCAGACAUGUCGAUCAGUUCGACGGGAGCUGCGACGCAAAAAGCACAAUCUGAUCGUUGUCGAGUAGCCGUGUGCCUAAACAAUGGAGCCACCGUUCAAAUUCUUUGUUCACGGUCCAUCCUCAUGUCCGACCUGGCCAGUCGGGUGUGGGCACAAGUUGGCCAAAUGGGUACGACAAACAAUCGUCUCCUGUCACGUCACUUCGCUUUCUUGCUGGAAAGUGUUGUCAGCAAGCAGGAGUUCAAGUACUGGUUACCGAAUACGAUGACUUUAGCAGAGGCCGAGGAGCGCUACAUGACCUAUGUAGGCUGUCCUGUGUCUGCUUGGAGGUAUCGCUUGAAACUCCGUUACUUUCCUGACUGCUAUAAAGAGGUGGUGGAGGGCAAUGAAGUGUUUGCCAACUACUUCUUCUCUCAGUUACGUGAGGAAGUGCACCUCUCCGUUGUGUUGACUGUUGACACGGCACUGAAGCUUGCAGGGUUUGAAGCCAGGAGACUACUGGCAGCUCAUUCCCAAGGGAUGUUUAAAAAGAGUCGAAUUGAAAGUCUAAUUCGCGAGCUUGGCAUAGAAUUCUUCUUUCCGAAGCGCAUUUUGAAGGCAGUAAAGAGCAAACAACUGAAGAAGAGUCUCCUUCAGCAGAUUAAGACGCUGGAGAGCUUGACCCAGGAGGAGUGCGUUCUCAAUUACAUCAGCCUAUGCUAUCACCACGGCAACAUCUGUAGACAGGAAUUCUCCUGUUCUCGAGAUGGCACACCAGUGACCAUGACGAUUUGCCCAACACGUGGCUUGGUGUUUCACUCUACGUUCGCACCUGAGCAUCUAACGCCGAGCCUGCCGUUCUGCGUCUUAAAGGAGGUGUCACUGACGGUAACGCAGGACUCCAAGUCCAUUGUAAAUAUCUGCAUCUAUCAUAAGGAUGACCUUGUACAUCUAGAGUUCUCGUCUAUAUGCACUGCGUUUGAUAUGGUGUCCCUAAUCGAUGGCUACUGCCAGUGUUUCUGUAAAACCCCAGUUGGAUCACUAUUCGUUUCAGCUUUGUUCCCUGGUGCAGAUGAGCCCAUGUUGAAGGCAGGUGCUGUUCCUGGAAUGCCUAAAAUAGCAUUUGCCCCGUGCGACUCGAGAACCGGAGACACUAGCGACCCGGAUACCGUCCUAUUCGCAAGGGAGCCUGACUACACCGUUCCCACUGCUGGCAGUCCUGAGCCAAGUCGGCAGCGUAGCCGUUCCAAGCGCCAAAUCAGAAGGUUAACAUCGAUUGGGUCUAGCAUGUCGGCAUCAUCCGGUGAUUCAUCAGCAGUGUGUGGUGGUGCUGGUGGUGCUGGUAGUAACGUACGCCAACGCAGCAGCCCCAGUUCCAAGCCGAAGAACUUGCAACGAAGCGAAUCUCACCUGUCCACAGACUCUGUCUCGGAUCGUAACACCAUCAAUUUUUCUCUCAUCGACGGUGCUGACGAUGUGCCGACACUAUCCGCCGACUUGCUAGUUCUGUCCUGUGGGAUUGGCGAGGGUCGCUUCGGUCAAGUUCGACUGGGCACAAUGAUCUCUGACAAAAAGCAAGUGGCAGUGAAGACAUGCAAAUCAACUUGCGCGCCAAUUGAGAAGCAAAAGUUCAUCUCCGAGGCCGUGAUCAUGAACCAGUUUGAUCAUCCUCACAUCAUUAAGAUGAUUGGUGUUAUGGCUCUGGAACCAUAUGCCAUUGUAAUGGAAUAUGCAAGCCUUGGAGAGUUACGCGGUUACUUGGUGUCAGAUCCACCAUCCACGCUGGUACUGUUGAAGUUCUGUGACCAGCUGAGCACUGCCAUGGCUUACUUGGAGAAGCUUGGAUUUGUACACAGGGACAUAGCGGCCCGCAAUGUUCUGGUGUGCGAUGCGGAAACGGUCAAGCUGGGUGACUUUGGCUUGUCACGCUGGGUUGCCGAUGAUCUGUACUACAAAGCAAGUUCAGGUGUGCUGCCGAUUAAAUGGAUGGCUCCUGAAUCAAUCAGCUUCCGCCGCUUCACUGUAGCAAGUGAUGUGUGGAUGUUUGGUGUCUGUAUGUGGGAGAUCAUGUCUUUCGGUGCAAAGCCCUUUACCGGUGUGAAGAAUGUGGAUGUUCUAACACGCCUAGAGGACAAUGAGAGGCUGCUACAACCCAAAGACUGUCCUGAUGACCUGUACAGACUAUGGGGCUGGUGCUGGGCAUUUGAAUCCAGUGACCGACCGACGUUCACGGAGAUCCGCGAAGAAGUUGGGAAAGUAUUCCUGGCUGAAGGUGGUAGUGCGCUCACUCCUCAGGUAGAACGUUUGCCAACCAAACAGAGUGCCAGCGUGAUGCAGCCAAGAUUGUGCAACUCCUCGGCUCAACUCAUGGCUCAACUAAGCAGGUGUGCUUCUACGUCGAAACUGCCUGAUGUUACUGCUGCUCCGUUCAGCAGAGACGGCUCCACUAUGCACGAGCGUCCUCAUCAACAUACCACUGCCACUCCUGUCCCAAGCAGUGCUGCUGCUGGUGCUAGUGCUGGUGCUAGUGCGACCGCCGGAUAUUCGCGUCCCCAGCUUGCAUUGCCGCCAGGGGCGGGUGGCUUAGCCGAAAAGGUAAGCGCUCCGCCUUCAUCACCGAUCGCUGUCCACAGCUGUCCUGUGCCAUCGGCAAUCGAUGACAGACCUCCUGCAUGCCUUCCCCAGGAUGUGAACUGCCAAGCCCGUAGUACCGCUGCUGCUGCUGCUAACAGAUCCUGGGUAUAGUAGCUAGUGCUAGCACACAUGUGACAGCAGCACAUGUGUCUCCUUAUUGAUAGCAGCACAUGCGUCUCCUUAUUGAUAGCAGCCUGUCGGUUUUGACGAGGACCGUUGCAGGAGAGAUUGUUCCUGUUUUGUAAUGACUAGCAUCAGUACUGGGUCUGAACACUGCUGAUGCCGAGCAGUGGCGCUGAGCUCCCUCCCUCGCACGUCAUGCAUCGCCUGAUGGAAAUGAUUUCCUACGUGUAUGCUGUCUACAUUCUCAAAAGAGAUGGGUACAAUGUUACCUAUCUCUGGUAGCCACUACCACCGCCACCGCCGUCCCCGCUCCAGAGUAAUAGAACUCUUUGCCAGCGACUGUACAAACGUAAACACCUUUCUUUUGUUCACCUCUUCUUUUGUGCCACCGUUGCCCGACCAUUCUGGGUAGGAUUUUUUAUUCUGUUUUGGAUGUUGCUGUUUUACCAGUCAUAGCAACAGUACCAGCAGCAGCAGCUUUUCAUGCUGACCCAAGGUGCGCCUGAAUACAGAUGCCCUUCUGUUGUUCACCUCGUGAACUUGACCAUGAAUGCCUUUACGUUGCUGCACACUCAUCCAGGAGUCAGUAACCUGGUGCAGCAUCUGCAGCCCACACCAUUUCUAUAGCGGUGGUGUCUCUAUUUUAGUAACUUUGCACAUAUUCCUACUACUUUUUUCUGCAGUAAUUGUAUAUACUCCACUAUCACUCGCACUUACUUUCUUCCUUUUCUUUGUACAACUAACCUCUGACAACCCCUCUGCCGCCUCUCCCUUCGGCAGAUUACAUUAUGUAAAGUAUCUUCUGCGCUGUGCGUGAUCUAUCUUCACACGUGUUUCUUUUCAAAAGUCUCCUCUGAAAGGCUUUGCUACUUGUAGAGGGAUACGUCUCUCCAGCCAUUUGCUGAUUGUUAUUCUGGUUUGUUCUGCAUUUCACUUCCAUGAUCGAGGCAAAAUACUUAUUAUUUGUAUA